AUGUUAAAUAUUAAUGAAAUUAAACUUUUAUUAAUUAGACAACAACGAGGUGGGAUGGCACAUUUACAUAAUAAUGAACCAUUAUGUAUUGUACAAGGAUGUCCAAAUGGUAUUCAAACAAAUCCAUCUAUACAAUAUUUUGCUGUACCAGUACAUAUAGCAAAUAUUGCUGCAGCAUGGUAUAAAAAUACUAUGCGUACUGAUUUAACACCAUCACAUACACAUCGUAUAUGUGAACAACAUUUUGAAGAACCAUGUUUUGAUUAUGUUGGAAAUAAUACAAAAGUACUUAAACCAAAAUCAUUACCAACAUUAUUUGAUUUAGAAGUUUUUUAUAAAAUGAUUGCAUAUCAAGAUAAAUUACAAGAAUCAAAUAAAACAAUUAAAAAAACAAAUAUUACAUUUCAUACAAGUAAUCCUGAUUUAGAUGGACGUACAUUAGAACCAAUAUUAAAAAUGAAUCUUGAAAGUGGUCAUGUUAAAACACGUUUAGCACCAACACAGGCAAUAAAUAAUAUUCAACAAGAACAUAUUGAUAAUAAAAAUCAAUCAUCAUUUAUUGUUAAUAAACCAUCAUUAAAUCAUCAUGAUAAUUUUGAAAAUAAAGCAUCAAAUCGUUGUCAUGUUGAAGGUUGUGCACAUAAUUAUGUUGCACGUCGUCAUCGUGUACAAUUAUAUAAAAUACCACGUGAUCCAACAAUAGCUCGUAAAUGGCUUGAUGUAUGUGGUUAUGAAAAUCUUCCAGUAUCAUCAUCAACAUCGACAUUUAAAAUUUGUCGUGAACAUUUUACACAAAAUGAUUUUGAAGGACCAACAACAUUACGUCCUGAUGCUGUACCAUCACUUUUUACAACAUAUUCACGUUCACUUAUGGAUAAACUUAAUUCAAAUGAUUCAAAUUCAUCAGCAAAACGUUUUCGAUCUGAUAUGGCAAGUAUACGUGCUAAACAAACAACACCAGUAAAUAAUAAUAAUAAUAAUACUAAUAUUAAUAAUAAACGAAUACAAAUACCAUAUCGAAGUAAUAGCAAACAAUAUCAUCAUCAUGAACAACAAAUUCAUUCACCAUCACCAAUACAUGAAAAUUUUGAUGAUAGUAUGAAACAAUUAUUAAAUGAAACAAAACAAACAAUUGAUAUUGAAUUAAAUAUGAAUUGUAUGGAAGAACAAUUAUCUGAUGUUCAAUUAGCACAUUGUCCUGUUAAAGCUCUUGAUCGAACAGAUACAACAAAUGGUAUAGCACCAAAACCACGUAAUCCUGUUGGCCGUCCUCGUAUACAUCCUCGCGAACCACCGCCACCACCACCAACAACAACAACAUCAAUGACAAAUUCUACAACACGUCGUCCAACUUAUCGUACAAAUUAUGUUGAUGAUGAUACAAAUGAAUUUGAUGAAUAUGAAGAAUGGAAUCUUGAUGAAUUUGAUCAUAAUGAUGAUACAAUACGUGAUCGUGAUUGGCUUAAUCGUCAACAAGAUGAUCGUUUACCAUGGUCAAAACGAAAUAAUUCAACUGUUAAUAAUUAUUCAUCAACAUAUCAACGUAAUAAUACUAAUACAAAUUCUUAUCGAAAUGUUCGACAACCAAUGUCUUUUCAACAGCAACAACAACAACAACAACAACAACAACAACAACAACAACGUCAAACAAAUAAUAAUCAACAACGACAAAAUCGUGGACAAUUUUAUCAAACACAAUUUGUUAAACCAGAACCAACACGAAAAGCAACAAUACCAUUUCUUCAACCAGCUUUUGCGCCAAAUGCUUCUACACAAUAUCCACGUGAUCAACCAUUGCCUCGUCUUAAACCAGGCACAGUUAGAACGCGAGAAGAAGGUCUUGAAGUUGAACUCGAACAUACUUAUAAACGAGCUUUAUCAAAAUAUUACGGUCAAAAACCCGGUCGAAAUUUACCAUUAUCCGAUUAUGGUGAUUUUCGUAGUCAAUGUCCUAUGUGUGAAAAUCUUCUAUUUGAUAAUAAUAUACAAUUAAUAACACAUCUUUGUCAACAUUUUGAUCAACAAAGUUAUCAUGAACAACAAUUUCAACCAAAUACAAAUUCACCAUUUGAACAAAUAAAUACAAAAUGUUCACAUUGUCAAUCAGAAUUUUCAAAUCCAUAUUUUCUUGCUAUACAUAUUGAUGAUAAACAUAUGCUUGAAAUGAAUGAAUAUCGUUGUCGUAUAUGUGAACAACGUCAUACAUCAUUAUUAGAAUUAAUAGCACAUUUAAAUUUAUGUCAUUGUGGUUUAGAAAUGCCAUAUUAUUGUGAAGUAUGUUCAUUUCGUACAUCAAUGCAUGCUGAUAUGAUUUAUCAUAUUGAUGAAGUACAUAAAGGUACAAGAUAUUUCUUUUGUCCAUAUUGUUUUAUUGCUAUUGAAUUACCAUUUAUAACAAAUUCAUCAUCAAUACUUAAUGGAACAUUAGCAUAUAAACAUUUAUUAUUACAUUUUAAUAAAGUUGAUCAAGGACGUACCAUACAAUCAAAAUUUAAGCAUUGUAGAAAAUGUGUUUUACAUGUUGGAUCUAUGAAAGAUCAUUUACAACGUGAUCAUUUAAAUAUAGUUGAUGGAAUUAAAGCUACAUAUUAUGAUGAUGAUGAAAAUCUAGAAAAACAAAGUGAUGAAGGUGAACAAUAUGAUGAUUCAAUAAUGGAUACGUCUUCAUUACCAAUUGAUAAAUCAUCAACAGCAAGAUAUGUGACACCGGCAAAAAGUGGAUAA